AUGGACCGUCCUUUGAAUGAUCCACGUCAUCGUCAUCACGCUUCCAUCGCAUCACAACAGCAUCCGCAACGACAACUAAAGAAAGUGCAGAACCUCAGCGUUGAUCUUCCCGCCCUUCCUGAAGGUCGUUUAUUUUAUCCCCACUCUACGUCAGACAACGAGAAUCGUUCAAGAGCAAGCGAAACCACAAACAUCACGAUUCCAAGACGAGGUAGAGACAACGUUGAGAUCAAAAAUACUAACAAAAUGAAGCCAAAAUGGAGGUCUUGCCUUCAUUACACCCCACCUCAUUGGCUUCGUCACGCAUCUAGUUGGAUCUACCGUCAUGUUGGGGGCGUGGCAGCCUACCUAGUCUUUUUUCUUCUCAUCUACGCCCUUCUUUGGAUAUUUACUGGGGAGGAGGCACUGCCCCCGCGUUGUUAUGCCUACCAGAAGUCGGGUGGCGAAAAUACAAAAAUUGAAGAGGUGGCAGUGUGCUAUGGAGGCACAACGAUGGGUAUCGUGAUCUUCUAUGCCUUCGCAUUUAUAAUGGGACAGUUGGUCGAAUUUGUGAGACUACCUGGACUUCUGGGGUGGUCUGACGCUCGUCACCACACGCAUGGCGAAUAUGAUGGUUUCACACGACUGCAACAGGGCACUUGUCCGUGUGCCCUCCAGGGCUCACAAUUUUAUGGGCUUUAG